AUGGAUAAACGUAGUGUGUUGUUGAAGCUAUCAGUCUUGGCUGUUUUGGUGUUACUCUUUAUCUGUGUUCAGGAAACAAAUGCUGGCAGUCACCAGAAGAAAAAGAAAAUUGUCAUUCAUGUGCCAAUUCAUAAAAAGAUUGAGAAACAUGUGCAUACGGUGAUUAAGCAUGUGCAUCAUCAUCACAAGCCGCUUGUCCUAAAAGAGGAAAAGAAAAUUAUCCAUGAAGAGCAUCGUCCCAUUCAAAUCCAUCAGACCAAGGAGCACAUUCAUCAUCACGAGAAGCAUGACCAUGAGCAUCACGACCAUCACGAGCAUCACCAUCCUAUUGAACAUGCGCCCAUAGAGCAAGAGGAGGAGCACAUACAUCAUCACCACAAUUAUGAACACAAUGAUGGUUAUAUUGGCAGUGACGCCGACAGCAGCAGCAGUGAUGAACGCUGACUUUGAACAGUUAGCACUGAGUGCGCCGACGUAGACUGAUGAUUACCUAAAUUCAACAGAAACGUGGCUCAAACUGAUAUUUGGGUAGUGGUAAUUCUAACUUUGUGAUGUUCUAGCUGUA